ACUUCCUUGUUGUUGCUAAGACACUCUUGUUUCGCUCCUUGACAACCCUGGCGGGGGUGCACUAGCUGCGGCCCCGGCUCCGGCCCCCGCGGGAGCAGAGUGCUGCAUCUGUCAAUCGCGAGCUCCAGCUCCAUCCUCGGCCUGGCCCGCAGUCAGUAUUUGUCUUGAUAAUGACGGUGUGGGCUUCUAGCAGCAUACCAGUGUGUUCUUACCGGCCCCAGCAGCUCGUGUUGACUCAUCCUCCCGUCUGCAGACUUGCUGGCCAUUUGGAAAAGGAUGUGGAGGAGCACCCCUAGAGGAAAGACAUUUUCUGCUCCCACCCAGUUGGCAGGGCCUGCUUCCCGAAUCUGCCGGGCGUGUCUUACUGCCAGGGCAGCACCUCCCGAAAGCCCCGCUCUCUCCCUCCAGUGGUCACGGUGGAAGGAUCAUGGGAGAAACAGAAGGGAAGAAAGAGGAGGCUGAUUAUAAGCGACUGCAGACCUUCCCUCUGGUCAGGCACUCGGACAUGCCAGAGGAGAUGCGAGUGGAGACCAUGGAGCUGUGUGUCACGGCCUGUGAGAAAUUCUCCAACAACAACGAGAGCGCUGCCAAGAUGAUCAAGGAGACGAUGGACAAGAAGUUCGGCUCAUCCUGGCACGUGGUCAUCGGCGAGGGCUUUGGGUUUGAGAUCACACACGAGGUGAAGAGUCUCCUUUACCUGUACUUCGGGGGGACCCUGGCCGUGUGCGUCUGGAAGUGCUCCUGACGCUGCCCCCCAGUCCCUGCCCCCUGCGGGGCCUCUUCCUGCCGUCCCUCAUCCCUCAUCCCUCGUCCUGUCCCUCGUCCCUGUCCCUCGGGGAUGGGGAGCAGCCCCAGGCAGCUCCUGGUUUUUCAGAGGAGAGUCUGGGGUCUUUCCUUUCGCCCUUCCGUGCAAGUUUCUGAGUCACGCCCAGCGUGUGCGUGUGUGGACCUCUCUUUCCCCAGGCUCCCGGCGUGUGAAGGGGAGAGCAGGCUGUGGUCUCGAUGCAGGGGAGGGGUGGGAAGCGGGACAGGGUAGGAGGGCGGGGAGGUGGAAUUUUUCUCACCAGGACAUGCCAGCCCCACCUCUCUUGGGGGCUGCUCUCCCCUUGCCUCCCGGGACCCCCGCCUGUCCACCCCCAGCACUGCUGGCAGCUGCCCACUGUCCUGGUCUUUACUGGCCGGAGGCAGAUGGCCCCAGGAGGAGCCUGUCCUCUCAAGGGACACUGGCAGCGUCUCCUCUUGUCCUCUGGAGAAGUGGUGACUCCCCAGAAGUCCCUUCCCCAGUCUGAUCCCAGGCCGAACGAACCACUGCAUCUCGUUGGGCCAGUAGCUCCCUAGUCCCCGGCUUUGGCAUGAGGACCGAGCAGCCUUCCCCCGUUCUCCCUCCCUCCCCAGCCGCCAGGCCGGGACCUUUAGUAUGGCCUCCACCCCUGCACUUGGUAACCGAGGCAGAGGGUGUGGGGAGACAGAGGGUGUGGGCGUCGCUGAGCCUCGCGAGGCUCCCGGGCCAGGAGUGCACUCCCCCCAGGCCUGUUUCGGCAGGGAAUCCUGCCUGUCGGCUACUUCUCAUCAGGGACCGCAUGCUGAUUUGUACUUCUUAUCUCUGCUGGGUUUUCUAUAUUCUUUUGUGAGCGGGGGGAGAAGGGUUUUAGUAGAAGGGUGAACCCUAUUUUACACAGCGGUCUUAUUUAUAUAAUGUCUUGGUUUUUACAAUUAAAGUGACCAAAAACGGA